CCUGGCCGGGGGUCCAUGGAUCACAAGCCGUUCAGAGAGAGGCGCGGCGUGGAUGUGAGGAAGGCCGAGGCGGAAAACAUCCUCGGCAAGUUCCCGAACAAGUUGCCGGUAAUAGUGGAACGAUACGCCAAGGAGCGCUCGCUGCCCCAGCUGCACAAGUCCAAGUACCUGGUGCCCCUGGAGCUCAGCAUGUGCCAGUUCACCAUUAUCAUCAGGAAUCGAAUGGCGCUGUCUUCCAAGCAAGCCUUCUACCUGCUGGUGAACAACCGGAGCGUGGCCAGCACAAGCCUGACCAUGGCGGAGAUCUACGAGGAGUUCAAGGAGGAGGACGGCUUCCUCUACGUGACCUACGCCUCCCAAGAGAUGUUCGGCGGCCUGGGCCCCUCGGGCUGAGUGGUGUUAACCCUCUCUGCGGCGAGGCUUUUAUUGUGUUCUCUUCCCUCGGAGUCGCUCGCUCGUCCUGUCCUCCCCGGAGGUAUUAAACGUGCACUUCAAUCUCUUUCGAUGGUGAUGCUCUCCGUGUUGCUUGUGACUGGAUGGUGAAACUCUUUAAUGUGAAUUUAACCCCCACCCGCCCACUCCCAAAGCAACGGCCCCAUUUUUCCCUGUGGCUGAACCCACGAAGUUAGUGCUUGCUUGGUAGUUCAGGGAUGUCCUGUACGCUGAGGUCUCUGGGGGUGGGGGAAGAGUGACGUGGCAGUGGCUGCCUGUACGGGUGGUUUCUGUGCAAAGGCAGAGAAAACCCUGGUGUGUCCUGACUGGGUUUUGAACCAGGCUCUUCGCGUGCGAGUUCUCGAUAGAGGCUGGGGAGGUUUCAGUGCUCUGAUUGCAAUGGUCCUGCAGGAGGAGUGGCACUCCCUCCUCACC